AUGGCAGAUGAGCAAGUUGAAUUAGCGUCAAAAGAUGUUUUUGUUUUAUUGGGAGUCUCUGUUCCUGAAAAUCUAGAUGUCGGAACUAAACGGCAAGAACAAGGUGAUACAAAGGACAUUGAAAAUGAAUCAGUAUUUACACUCGAUGAAAGUGACAAAGUGCAUUUUAUGAAUGUUGUCGAACCACUCGUGAUCGAUGUGACACCACGGGAGGAUUUGGACAAUAGUUCUACUGAUAGUUUAACUCAAACUGAAAUGGAAGAACAACGGUGGUAUAAUCCAACAUUGAACACUGGACUAGAAAAAUCUGAUUUUGAAACUUUAAAAAGACUGUUAGCAGAAAUUAAGAAUACUGACCCGACAAAAACUCUGGCUGCGUUGAUCAAACUCAAAAUGGAAAAAAUAUUAGAGGGACCAUAUCAAAACAUGUUUGUUGCUUUAAACGGCUUCAAAGUGUUAGUUAAUUUACUGGAAUGUAACAAUGAAGAUUGUAUGGAAAACGCCUUGAUCAUUAUACACGAAAUGUCCCAACAUUACGGAAUCCAAUGUUCGUUGUGUAAAUUGGACGCAGUGAAACCAUUGAUGAAUAUUAUGUUAUUAAAAAACAACUACAACGUCAAAUACUUAGCUUCAGAAACGAUAUAUAACAUUUCCAAACUGAGAAGAGGCAGAAAGCUUAUUCGUCUUAGUGGCGGUAUUAAGAUCAUGGUAGCAAUGAUAAACAUAUCGAAACACAUAUUACCCAUGUACUUAAAUAGUAUGGACGAGACAAAUCGGACCACAGUGAGAUUGAUGAACUGCUGUUCCGGUACCCUAAGACAACUGUGUCGGUCUUUAAAAAGCCAAAAACAGUUGUGGGAAACUGGAUUCGUGCAACUGCUUUCUGAACUGUUGAACUCUGUACAUGGCGAAACUCAAAUUUCUAUAAUGAGUUUAGUUGCAGAAUGUUGCCGUACGCGGCCAGAAGUUAUUAGACAAAAUAAAAGCAUUAGAGUAGCACUGAAAGAGCUAAACAUUUUGCAGCAAGUCAUACAGUUUUUAGUCAGUGAUACUACCCCGCUUGCGGAAAAAGCGGCUGAAACGUUACUGUGCAUGUUCGAUGGCAGUCCUGAUAUAUACGACAUACUGCUGAAAUACAAGGGGAUGGAAGCCAUAUUUAAAGCUUUAUUAAAAUUCCAGAAUGACGACCACGUUAUGGUGUUAGUUAUCACCCUGCUGUGGAAGACAUCGUUGCACACGAAAUGCAGACAAGUUAUCGAGAAAGACCUCGUUGUAGAUUCCCUAUUGGAACUGUUAGCAUACAAAUAUGACGAUCGGGUGAUCGGCUACGCAGUUGCUACGUUGUCUGAACUGUGGACAUCGGAAUCUUUGCGAAACAAACUUAGACAAUUAGCCGUGCCCAAGUAUCUGGACCUACUCAAUAUUAGUCUGCACAGCUUAGUGUUGGCACACGUAUGCACCGCUCUGGGUCGGGCAUCCAGUGACCCACAGACUAUGGAAAUGAUCGAUGAAGCCAAAGGGUUUCGGUUGAUUUUCGUGCUGUUGCCGUCCCUUGACGUGGACGAGUUUGACAAGUACGAGGACUUCUAUGAGCCACAAACGAUUAUUGCCGUUGCUGAAUGUCUGGCCAUGAUAGUUGAAAACACAAAAUUCAGUCUGAAUCCUCUCAAGGGAAUGUACGAGGCGGUCUGUGAUCUAGUAGAUUUAUUGACGCACAAGAAUUUGGAUUUUUUAGCGGCAGUUUGUCAUCUGAUUGACGUGAUUGCUACAUUCGAAGAGAAUUUAAAAAUAAUGCUUGAUGCAGGAAUCGUUGAAAAUUUGUCAAAUCUCGUAUUUACGGAGCAUACAAACUUGAGAGCUAAUCUUUGCAAAGCUUUGGGUAAAUGUUGCACCAUUGGUUUGACGGCGCGUAGAUUCAGUAGCCAAAACGUUAUUGAUCAAUUACUUAAGUACACGCAGUCAGAACACUCAGUCGUCAGAGACAACGUUCCUCUUGCGCUUAGUGGACUAUCAGAAGACCCAUUAAGUUGUGUAAGAAUUGAAGCUUUAGGAUUUCUUCCGUUUUUGAAAAAAUGUAUACAUUCGGAUAAACCUAAAACGGCCAUGGCUGCUGUUAACUGUUUAAGUAACGUAAGGAAAGCAAGCGCAGCUAUAGGCCAGCUUCAAGAAUGUACAACGAAACAUUGA